CAUUCCGCCGCAGGCCACCGCCAGAGAUUCGCAGCCAUGGCCGACGGGGUCAAGCGCGAGUUCGGGUCCGUCGCCGCCUCCCACCCGGCGCCCUACGCCACCAGGGGCCCGCCCGACGCCGACCGCAAGCCCAUCGCCGCCUCCGCCACCGCCGCCCUCGGCUCCCCGCAUCCGCCCGCCGCCGCCGCCUCGCCCACGCCGCACAAGAUCCAGCUCAAGAGCGCCGACAUGAAGGACGAGAUGCAGAAGGAGGCCUUCGAAAUCUCCCGCGUCGCGUUCGAGAAGCACGCCAUGGAGAAGGACAUCGCGGAGUACAUCAAGAAGGAGUUCGACAAGAACCACGGGCCCACCUGGCACUGCAUCGUCGGCCGCAACUUCGGUUCGUACGUGACGCACGAGACUAACUACUUUGUCUACUUCUACAUCGACUCUAAAGCCGUCUUGCUCUUCAAGUCUGGGUGACUGAUGCAGCC